AAUCGCUUCGAGAAACGCACAAAAACUCGCACACUACUUUCUCAGCCUUUUUGUCGACUAUAUUAACUUAUCGAAAAAGGGUUUCAUUCCAAAUCCAAAAUUGAAGUUUCUCUUUCAAUUUCCAAGCUCCCAAUUAGGGUUCUUCCUUUCUCAAAGGUUAAGUUGGUUGAAUUUUAAGAUACUUUGUGGUGGGAAGAAGUUGAGAGAAAGCUAUGAUACUAAACUUGAGCAUCAUCUAAUAAGAAUGCCGGGCAUUCCUUUAGUGGCUCGUGAAACCUCCUCUUAUUCAAGAAGCACAGAUCAGAUGUGCCGAGAAGAUUCCUGCCUGCAUUUAUCUGCAGAAGAGGAAAUUGCUGCCGAAGAGAGUCUAUCUAUAUAUUGCAAGCCUGUAGAACUCUAUAACAUUCUUCAAAGACGGGCUGUUAGAAAUCCAUCAUUUCUUCAAAGAUGUUUGAGAUACAAAAUUCAGGCAAAACACAACAUGAGAAUACAAAUGUCAGUGUCCGUAUCAAGGAUUGUGAAUGAAGCCGUACUGACUCAAAGCCUUUUUCCGUUAUACAUUUUGUUGGCAAGAGUAGUUUCGGAUGUUGCGGUUGCAGAGUAUUCUGCAGUUUAUCGUUUUCGUCGGGCAUGUAUCUUGACUAGCUUCACCGGCAUUGAGGGCAGUAACCAAGCUCAAGCAAAUUUUAUUCUCCCGGAGAUUAAUAAGCUAGCAGUGGAGGCAAAAUCUGGUUCACUUGCAAUUUUGCUAGUCAGCUUUGCCAAUGGAGGAUGCUGCUUAUGGGGUAGGAUACCAUUAGAAUCAUUAUAUUUUUCAUGGGAAAAAUCCCCAAACUUCAGUUUGGGACAAAGAGCUGAGCUGAGAUUACCUGUUGACAUGCAUUCUUGCUUACUGAAGUUGACUUGUUUGAAUGAGGACAAAUGCAUCUUAAUCCAAAAUUUGAGCAAUUCUUUGCUAACGAACCAAUCACUGCAGCUGCAGGUUAUCAUUUCUGCCGAGGAGGUUGGGGCAAAGGAAAAAUCUCCCUAUAAUUCAUACACAUGCAGUGGCAUUUCUUCUUCAUCGCUGUCUCAUAUUAUUCAGCUGAGAGCAGGAAAUGUCAUCUUUAAUUAUAGAUAUUUCAACAAUAAGUUACAGAGGACAGAAGUAACUGAAGAUUUUUCUUGCCCUUUCUGCUUGGUUAAAUGUGCAAGCUUUAAGGGUCUGAGGCAUCACUUGCCAGCAUCCCAUGAUCUAUUCAAUUUUGAGUUUUGGGUAACUGAAGAGUAUCAAGCUGUUAAUGUUUCAGUCAAAACUGAUAGUUGGAGAUCUGAGAUUGUUGCAGAUGGUGUUGAUCCUAAACAACAUACCUUUUUCUUUUGCUCAAAGCAAAUGAGGCGUAGACGGCAGAAGAACCUAGUUCAGAAUGCAAGGCAUGUACGUCCUGUUUUCAUGGAGUCAAAGCUGCAUGCAGGAGGCGGUGAGCUUCUUGACAAGGUUCAUGGUGGAACAAUUUUACAAAAUUCUAGAAUUGGUGCUGUGGAGUAUGCACAACAUCUUCCAUCCAGUUUCAAUGUUGCUGGGGUUUCAGGCGCUGUUGGACAAUCAUAUUCUGAUUCUGAACGUAUUCAAUCAGUGUCUGGAAACAAUCUCACACCCCCUGCCUUGUUGCAAUUUGCGAAGACGAGAAAAAUAUCGAUGGAACGUUCUGAUCCAAGAAACCGUACACUUCUUCAGAAGCAACAGUUUUUUCACUCACAUAGAGCACAGCCAAUGGCGAUGGAUCAAGUAAUGUCUGAUAGAGAUAGUGAGGAUGAGGUUGAUGAUGAUGUUGCAGAUUUGGAAGAUCGAAGGAUGCUGGAUGAUUUCGUGGAUGUAACCAAAGACGAGAAGCAAAUAAUGCAUUUGUGGAACUCGUUUGUGAGGAAGCAAAGGGUGUUGGCAGAUGGUCAUAUUCCAUGGGCAUGUGAAGCAUUUUCAAAAUUACAUGGGCGUGACCUUGUCAAAGCACCAGCUCUCAUCUGGUGUUGGAGAUUAUUGAUGAUCAAGUUGUGGAAUCACGGCGUGCUAGAUGCUCGAACGAUGAAUAAUUGUAAUAUCGUUCUGGAACAAUACCAAAAGCAGGAUUCAGAUCCUGCAAAAGGCUAAAGAGAUGGUAAGCAUUGCUUCCUAUUUGGCAGUUGGUAAACAAAUCAUGAUGCUCCAGUCUCACUAAGCACUUUGCUUACCAUUAAGCCCAACUGUUUUGUGUAGCUUUGUACAACAGACUGGUAUGGUUUUAUGCGUAUUUUUAACUCAUGACAAAAAUAAAAUUUUCUGCUGCCUUUCGCA